GAUAGGAUUAGGGAACUCCUGGAUGCCUUAAUUGUGCACUACUACCACCUACUGGAUCCGGGCGAAGAGCAUCGCUACAGGUGUCCUUCCAACAUUUCAGGCAUUUCUGAAAAAGCUGCAACAUGAAAAACCUAUGGUGCACUUGUUGCAUGUGGAAAUGCUGGCACUUGUGAGAGAGCUGAUGAGCAAAUUCAUGAAGCCAGGAGCUAUCCCACUGAGAGUGAAAGAGAUCCUCAAGGUCAAUGUACGGGAUACAGAGGCACAGCUUUCCAACAAAAAUCUUUCUGUCGGAAGAUAUGUGUACACCGCCAUGGCCAAGGCCCGUGUGGAAAAGAAGCUGUGGGUUGGAAACCUGUACAACUCCCUCAGAGAAGGCUACAUGAAGGCAACAGAGUUUCUGCUCAAAAAUCUCCCCCUCGACAACCACAUAGUCACCUCACUCUCCGCUCUGACCCCAUCCCUCAUACAGAGUGAAUCCUUAUGUUCAGCAUUUAUGGCAUUAGGGAAGGCCUUGCCUAAUGUGGUUCCCUCUGAGGCACUCGGCCUACUGCAGGAGGAGGUCCGUGCCUAUCAAAUAGAUCCUGACCUGGUACCUCUGGCCAACACCUAUGAUGAGGAAAACGGCAGAGUUGACGUGGAUUGGUGGAGUCAGGUGGCACUUCUCAGAACAGAGAGAGGUGCGAGAUACCCCACCCUAAUGAAACUUGUGAGAGCUCUGCUUUCCAUCUUCACAGGCCCACUGGUGGAGGGGUCCUUCAACAUCAUGGACGACAUUCUAGAGGCAGACAGGUGCCGAAUGAAUGUUGAAACAUAUGAGGGCCUUGCCAUAAUCAAAUCCACCAUGAAGGCCAGGAAGUGGACGGCCUCAACAAUGUCUAUAGACCAGCCUUUAAGGCAUUCUUGCCUCGCCUCUUAUAAAACAUACCAACUACACCUGGAAAAAAAGAAGGCAAGAGAAGAGGAUAUGAGGCAGAAAAGGAUGACUGAGGCCAUGAGGGUGCGGUCUACAGCAGUGGCAAACAGGAUAGUGAGCCAGGCGAGGAAAUCAAAAAGGCCAGCUAAGGACUGUUCCAGUGGACCCUCCUCUUCCUCCACUAGGCCAGUUGCCAUACCAAAGACCAUCUCCUCUUCAAAACCAAGACCCUUUCGGCCCACUGGGCGGUCCACCUCCUCCUCUGGGCGGUCCACCACCUCCUCUCGGCUGCCUACCACCUCCUCUCGGCUGCUUACCACCUCUCGGCCGUCCUCCUCCUCCUCUAUGCUGUCCACCUCCUCCUCUCAACCGUCCACCACCUCCUCCUCUGGGCCGUCCACCACCUCCUCCUCUGGGCCGUCCUCCUCCUCCUCCUCUGGGCCGUCCACCUCCUCCUCUGGGCCGUCCACCACCUCCUCCUCUGGGCCGUCCACCUCCUCCUCCUCUGGGCAACCAAAGUUAUUUUCUCUGUUUUAUGGUCCAGCCAAGAAAUCCACUGCAACAGCCUCAACUACCUCUGGAAAAAGGAAGAGUUCGGAUGACUCAGCACCCAGUAAAAAGUGGAAAAAAUAGUGCACUUUGUGUUUCAUUUUUGAAACAAGUUGUGAUCAUUCCAACUUCACUGAAAAGUACUUUGGAUAUGCAAAUGUAGCACUUUGUUCAGCACCCAGUAAAAAGGGGAAAAAAUGGAGCACUUUAUGUUUCAUUUUUGAAACAGGUUGUGAUCAUUCCAACCUUACUGAAGCACUUUGUUGAAUUUUAUCUGAUUUAAGUUAUCAUUUUAUGUAGUAUUUAAUGUUUUUGAUGUUACUGGGUUUUUGAUGUUAACGUUCUAUUGGUUUAAAUAACAUUUGUGUAUUUAAUUUGCCAUUCUACUACUGAUGUUCAAAGUUAUUGAAAUGGUGAAAUUGUUAAAUUAUUUCAAUUAUUAAAACUUUUAAUGCUCUCUAAAUGCCAUACUGAAUUUCAUCUACCUUUGUAACAGUUCACCUUGUGACUGUAGGUUAAUUUAUUACUUGUUAAGGACAACGCUGAGCACCAAAACUGGAUAUCAAAAGAAAUGUGGUACAUACAGGUGGUAGAUAUAGUAGAUGCACUUUUGCCAUCUUCUGGCCGUUUUUGGUAUUGGAUUUUCAAAAGUCAAAUUUAAUUUUCCAUUCAUGCAAUCUCUGAUCCCAUGCCCCCACAAACCCCCUGGUAUGGCUUGAAAAUAAACACACAAUCCAAA